GUAGACGUCAAAACGGACCGACUCAUAGACAACAUUCUUCAACCUUCUUUCCGGUUUCAAGAUGCCGCCCAAGAAGGACACUAAGGCUUCGGCCAAGCAGCCCCAGAAAACACAGAAGAAGAAGGAGGGAUCCGGUGGCGGUAAAGCCAAGAAGAAGAAGUGGUCCAAAGGAAAAGUUCGUGACAAGUUGAACAACCAGGUGUUGUUUGACAAGCCUACCUACGAGAAACUGUACAAGGAAGUGCCCCAGUACAAACUGAUCACACCCGCCGUUGUCUCUGAAAGAUUGAAGGUCCGAGGCUCCCUUGCCAGACGGGCACUCAUCGAGCUUAGAGAAAAAGGUUUAAUCAAACAGGUAGUCCAGCAUCACGGACAGGUGAUCUACACUAGGGCCACCAAGGGUGAUGACCCUGUCGCAUAAGAUUAUGUAUAAGUAAAAAACAAUAAAAAAAAAUCUACAAAA